CUCUCUCUCUCUCUCAAGUGAAGAGUGUACACAUUAUUGACUGAUUUUCUCCCCACGACUCACGCUCAGCAUCUCCCACUUCGCACCUUUUGAAGUCUCUCUCUCUCUCUCUCUCUCUCUCUCGCCUCUCGAUUUCUCCCCUCGGUUUCCGUCAACAGGGCGUAGUGAAAUGGACCUGAUUCUGGAGGAAAAGGACGCGGCCGAUUGGGUUUACAGAGGCGAAGGAGCUGCGAACAUCGUCCUCACUUACACUGGAUCCGCUCCCACUUUCGUCGGAAAAGUUUUGCGGAUUCGAAAGGCUCCCGAAAAUGGAACGCAAAGUUCCAAUGGUAUUUUGAGCUUUUCCAAUCAUGAACGUCUCUUGUGGAAGGAUUUUGAGGAACUCGUACAGUCCCCAACAAAAGAAAUUGCGGCCCAAAAAUAUGUACAGCAUGUGAUUACCCCGUUGUUGGGUUCAAAACAUGUAGAUGCUGGGAUUCGAGUCCUUGUCUCUACGGAAUUUCUUGAGGAAAUUGAAAUAAAUAUUAAGAGUCAUCGUCCUGACUGGCGCAUUGAUGCUGCCAAGGUUGAUACACUUAACAAAUAUGCACUUCUAAUUUCUGACCAUUCCCUUUUUCCUCAUGGUAUCUUGAAAGGCAAUGCCUGCAUAUCCGUAGAGAUAAAGCCCAAAUGUGGAUUUCUACCAUUCUCCAAAUACAUUGCCAGGCAGAAUGCAAUCAAGAGGAGCACUACUCGUUUUAAAAUGCACCAAGUCCUGAAGUUCCGUGAAAAACAGAUACCAAAUCUAAGUGAAUAUGAUCCAUUGGAUCUGUUCUCUGGAUCCAAGGAAAGAAUACUUGUAGCUUUGAAAGCUUUGUGCAACAACCCACAGAACAAUUUCCGUGUUUUCUUGAAUAAUUCUCUCAUUUUGGGUGGGUUCGGUGGUGCUGUAGAUAAUUCUACUUCCACAACUGCUGAAGCACUUGAAGAUGUACUUAAAUAUGUCAUCAAAGAAGAUGAUGGUUUACAGACUACAAGUUUUCUUGAGCUUCUCACUGAGACAGUUUAUAAAUCAGGAGUAUUGGACCGUCUUCUUGAUGUUCAGAAGCUCGAUAAUUAUGAUAUAGAAGGAGCAAUUCAUGCAUACUAUAAUUUUAUAUCUCAACCUUGUUCAGUAUGUAGAGAGUUGGGUGAAGACAAAGUGUCACCGAUAUCUACCCUUUUGCAUGCACUUCCUCUCAAUGAGAGCUUGGAGAUCGUGAAAAAAUUUUUGAUAGCUGCAACUGCAAAAGAUUGCAGUUUAAUUUUUUGUUUCAGACGAAGAGAAGAUGGUGGUUCAGAUUCUUCAUAUGACAGGGUUUACCUAGAGUCAACUAACCAAGUGUUUGAUUAUAAGGUGCAUUUCAUUGACCUGGAUUUGAAGCCUUUGGAGAAGAUGGAGUACUACUAUAAACUGGAUCAGAAGAUUGUGAGUGCCUACACUGAGGCCCUGCAAAAUGGACAAGGAACAGUGAACAAUCAUACUGUCAAAAUGUAGUACACAAUGAUGGAGUAGCAUUUGAGAGUUUUCUGUGAAAGCUCUCUAAAGGUUUGGAUAGAGACUUGACCUGUGGGCAGAGAUUCUGGUGUGAACUUAAUCUUCAGUCCCUUCAAGAUGGAAAAUACCAACACUCUAAAUUGAUGGUAGCUCGUUUUAGCAAAUGUUAGCAGCUACGAGAAAGCAGUAUCAUACUUUGAUUAUUACUUCUACUUCGCUGUUACAUUUAUUUAUAAAUGGCUAAAGCUGCCAGAUGAACUAAUUCUCGCUCCAGAUUCCUGGUUUCAAGGACUUUUAAAUUACAACGCUCACAGGUAAUUUAUGAUUGUGUUGUGUAAUAGUUUUGCACUACAAGGAUUGAAAUAUCUUUAUCAUCUUUAAAGGAACCAGAGCUAUGAGAGUCCCUACGCUUCCAGAAGCAGCUGCUGCUAUAUGCUUAACCAGAUAUUCUUUAUCUGAAGGCCAGUCCUGGUACAGAUGUGUAUUAGUUCUUGUAUCAUCCAGAUACAUAUAUGCAUCUAUCUGCAAGCAUGAAUUCGAUAUUCUUUCCUCAUACAGAUGUGUACUAGUUAUGUGAACAACUGAGUAGCCAAUAGGAAAUAAAUAAAAAGAAAGAAAGUUGAUAUCGACGGGACAGAGUUAUUGGGCAUGGCUGCAGAGCGAAAUAGAAAGUGAUGGAUUAACUAUUCAAAGGGUCAUACCAUCACAUGCCACAUGGCUUAUUAAUUCAUCCAGCUGGAUCUUGAUUUUUUGUAUUUUUAUUUUCUUCUUGUUCUUCAGCUGCAUGCUAAAUAUACUGGAUGAAGGGUUGCCCUAUCCAUCCCUCAGUACUCUAGCAAGUUUUUUGUGUUUCUGGCACAAUAUAUGUGAUGUAACAUUUUAAAAUUAAUUUCUAUAUUGGAUGAAAUAUAGCAAUCUGUUUUCUAGGUUCUGAGGAUGUUGUGUAGUUGGAAAUGAAUGAACUGCCUGACUUCUUAAUAAACUCAUUAAGCAAACCGACAAACUGGGUGGUUAAGAUGUCCAAGUAGUUGUAGUUGUUUAUUUGGGGAUGUGAAGAGUCCUAAAGAACCCAAUGGAACGAAAUGCAAGGUGUAUAUCCUGUGCUUUUGACAUCCGUGGGGCUCCACCGUCUGUGUCUUUUGGUACCUUUUAUAAGAAAAAGCUUUCUGAUGUGGGUCAAGACACGCACCUCCUGAGCUGACAUUCUUCCACUAUCAGAGUUGUACUGAGAAGUUGAUCCCUUCUAUGAUUGUCUAAUUAGCACUCUCUAAGGAUCUCAUUCUCUACUUGUCUAGGAUUUGCUGCAGAUGGUUGCAGAACCAUCUGCAAGCCAAUAUAAGCAUAAGAGCGCAACAUCCUCUUAACUUCAUUUUUUGAAAGACCAGGUCUGAUGAACAAACUCCAUGUGCUUAUAGCUAUCUUAUUAUUUCCUAUAGGAUGUUCAGGCCAUGUGGCGCAAGUUAGCCAAAGAAUUUUUCAGAGGAUGUUCUUGCUUGGCAAUUAAUACUGUUCUGACACACAUUUACUUCCAGUUACCAACCCACCCUGCCACUCCAUUUAGUUUUCAACCAAUGGGCCCCAUUAGCAACGAGAGAGAGAGAGAGAGAGAGAGAGAGAGAUUCCAGCUACAACCCAGUAGAUUAAAUUCGUGUUUCCUUAGUAAAUUACGCUGAUAUAUUAGUUAUAUAUAUAGCAGAUUCUCUAGCUUUAGUAUCUUGCUCCAUUUGUCAAUAACCAUGUCAAAGGUUCUUCCUUUUCUCUCUAAUCUUGUGAUCUUGCUGCCAUAAGUAAUGCUUUCAGUUGUUAUGCGUGUGAUUCCUGAAUGGCUCAUUUUCCUAUGCGAUUCUCUGCUCCCUCUGACACAGCAGUACUUUUUCCAGCUCUUAGAUGCUCUGUUUCUGUGAGCUCAGAGUCUGAGCAACUUCUGACCGCACUUUCUCUGUUGCAGAAAACAAUAGUGUCAGUGGAGCUGCUGUGUUCAAAGUGCAGGCUCAAGGUUAUGAAGUUGGUGGCCACCAUUGAAGGCAUUACUUCUAUUGUCCUUGACCCGUCCAAGAACACUGUGACAGUGAUUGGUGAAGCUGAUCCUGCAAAGAUCAUAAAGAAAGUGAGGAAGUUCAGGAAGUCUGCACACUUUGUGAGCAUCGGCCCUCCAAAAGAAGACAAGAAAGAUGAAAAGAAGGAUGUGGUGAUUCCUCAGACACCCAAGACUUGUCAAAGAUGUGAUAUUUGGUAUGUUGUUGCAGAAGAUGGCUUCUACAACUACUGUUCCAUACUGUAAGUAGGUGCCAUUUUCAUCAUCGUUCGGGGGGCAAUUAGUAUAGGAGCAAAUGUUUUGUCGGGGAAAGCAUGGCAAGCGUUGUGUUUAUUGCUUGCGUGUCACCUGGGUCUUGCUUCCACAUUGGACAUGAUAUAACAUGGAGACUACCGUGUAUCUAUCCAACGCUGAUUAUUCUUCCAGAA